CCCUUCUCUCUUCCUCUCUCCAAGGGACACAAAUGCUAGUAACACCGGCAGGUUAGCAAGCAGGCUGCCAGCAAGCGAGAAGGACACGAGAGGAAAACGGUUAUUGUCAAACACCAGAUAUUAUCCAUCUAAAUUAACGGGAAACUGCACAACACGAUAUCCCCUCAACCUCUACCGGCCAGCGCUUCAGCCAGCAAACUGAUACAAAUACAGUUUGAAAAACGAACAAAGAGCUGACAAGCCACGUGUCUCCAUUAAUAGACUAGAGAAAGAAACGCACAACAGAUGUCCUGAUUGGCUCAAACCUUCAGACAGACGGGCAGUUGUAUUGUGGAACACGUCAACACAGAGAAAUCAAAUGGCUGACAAGCAGAUCAGUUUGCCUGCCAAGUUGAUAAACGGUGGGAUAGCAGGGCUGAUUGGUGUGAGCUGUGUGUUUCCCAUUGACUUGGCCAAGACACGCCUGCAGAACCAGCAAAAUGGAUCACGCCUCUACACCAGCAUGUCUGACUGUCUUAUCAAGACCAUCCGCUCAGAGGGAUACUUCGGGAUGUACAGAGGGUCUGCGGUGAACCUAACCCUGGUCACGCCAGAGAAAGCCAUCAAGCUAGCAGCAAAUGACUUCUUCAGACAAUACCUCUCCAAGGAUGGUCAGAAGCUCACCCUGGUCAAAGAGAUGCUGGCGGGGUGUGGGGCAGGUACAUGUCAGGUUAUCGUCACGACUCCUAUGGAGAUGUUGAAGAUUCAGCUUCAAGAUGCUGGGAGAAUUGAGGCCCAGAGGAAGCUGAUGCCAGAGACAAUAGUACCAGGGACCGUGCCGACAAAGUCCCCCACCGCCAUGCAGCUGACCAGGGAACUACUGAAAGAGAAGGGCAUCGCUGGGCUGUACAAGGGCCUAGGGGCCACACUGCUCAGGGAUGUUCCAUUCUCCAUCAUCUACUUCCCUCUGUUUGCCAACCUGAACACCCUGGGGAAGAGAGGAGCGGAGGGCCCCGCCCCUUUCUAUGUGUCAUUCCUGGCAGGCUGUCUGGCUGGCAGCACGGCCGCCGUGGCUGUCAACCCUGUAGAUGUGAUUAAGACCAGGAUCCAGUCUAUGAACAGGGGGAGUACAGAGGAAACGUACAGUGGGGUGACUGAUUGUAUCAGUAAAAUAAUGAAGAAUGAGGGUCCUUCAGCGUUCCUGAAGGGGGCGUACUGCCGUGCCCUGGUCAUCGCGCCCUUAUUUGGUAUCGCCCAGGUGGUCUACUUCUUCGGCGCGGGAGAAUACAUCCUCAGCUUCCUGCCUGGCAACUAAGUGACAAGAACAUCAACCAUUCAGAUCUCUGCCUUUCCCUCCUCCCUUACAAAAUCACAACUACAUCAUCACCGCUAGGAUCCAGUCCCCUCUAGGAUCCAGUCACCUCUAGGAUCCAGUCACCUCUAGGAUCCAGUCACCUCUAGGAUCCAGUCACCUCUAGGAUCCAGUCCGCUCUAGGAUCCAGUCCGCUCUAGGAUCCAGUCCCCUCUAGGAUCCAGUCCCCUCUAGGAUCCAGUCCCCUCUAGGAUCCAGUCCCCUCUAGGAUCCAGUCACCGCUAGGAUCCAGUCACCUCUAGGAUCCAGUCACCUCUAGGAUCCAGUCCCCUCUAGGAUCCAGUCACCUCUAGGAUCCAGUCCCCUCUAGGAUCCAGUCACCUCUAGGAUCCAGUCACCUCUAGGAUCCAGUCCCCGCUAGGAUCCAGUCCCCUCUAGGAUCCAGUCCCCUCUAGGAUCCAGUCCCCACUAGGAUCCAGUCACCUCUAGGAUCCAGUCCCCUCUAGGAUCCAGUCCCCACUAGGAUCCAAUCACCUCUAGGAUCCAGUCCCCGCUAGGAUCCAGUCCCCACUAGGAUCCAGUCCCCACUAGGAUCCAAUCACCUCUAGGAUCCAGUCCCCGCUAGGAUCCAGUCCCCACUAGGAUCCAGUCCCCACUAGGAUCCAAUCACCUCUAGGAUCCAGUCCCCGCUAGGAUCCAGUCCCCGCUAGGAUCCAGUCCCCGCUAGGAUCCAGUCCCCUCUAGGAUCCAGUCACCUCUAGGAUCCAGUCACCUUUAGGAUCCAGUCCCUCCUAGGAUCCAGUCCCCACAGCGUUUGCCUACAUUGAUGUGACCCAACUCUCUGCCUCUCUUCCCCUCACAACUACAUCGAUAGGAUCCAGGAGAUCACUAGGAUCCAGUCACCUCUAGGAUCCAGUCCCCUCUAGGAUCCAGUCACCUUUAGGAUCCAGUCCCUCCUAGGAUCCAGUCCCCACAGCGUUUGCCUACAUUGAUGUGACCCAACUCUCUGCCUCUCUUCCCCUCACAACUACACCGAUAGGAUCCAGGAGAUCACUAGGAUCCAGUCACCUCUAGGAUCCAGUCCCCGAUAGGAUCCAGGAGAUCACCUGUCAUCACCUGAAAAUAAGGUUUUGAUCCACAUCCACCAAUUUGGGGUUUCUUUAUUUGACCCUCUAGAGGUGAACAAGUUGCGUGUAAGCCUCUUUCGGUGUCCCUCUCGUGUUGAAUGUAAUGUUAUGGUUGUGAGCACACUAACAGGAACACUAGGACGUUGAUUUGCCAAACUGUCGGCAACACAAGAGUCCAGUGGAAUUGAAGCCACAAAUAUCACCAUCUUAAAUUACGUUUUUUUUGUUAAAACAAUUUUUGUUUUUAAAUGUGGCCGUGGUUACAGGGUAGUCCUUUUGUCUGAAUGGGGUGCUGCAGUUGUUACAAGCAGCUAUAUCGGUCGUUAGUCAUCUCUGUCAGUACAGCCAUAGCAGCAGAAUUGGUCACAUGAUGACGUCUGUUGCCUAUUCAUCACGUUUAACAACAUAUCUUGUAAUAAUAUAAGUUGUAAAACAUUGUUGAUCCAAAUGAAGAAGGAUUUAAUGAGACAGUUAGUUAGAGAGAUUAGUUAGAGAGAUUACGAAUAGUUUACGAAUAGUUACGAAUAGUUAGAGAGAUUACGGGGUUAGUUAGAGAGAUUACGAAGCACCCUGUACACUCGUGGGAAUUGGCCUUUGUGGAUAGGGCUAAAUUCAAAUGUUUUUUAUUUUACAGAAGAAAUAUGAAAUGCGUCACAAAAAGUAUUUGCAUAACGAUGGUAGCAAUUCAAAGGGAACAGUUUAGAGAUAAUCAAAUGAUUAUACCGAAGGUGAGGACACAACAGUUCACCUGACACAAGACUGAAUCCAAACACAUUAACACUGUUGAUUUGAUGUGUAUCUUACAUUGACUGUACUUUUCACAGCAUUUGUUGAUAAGGACAUGUGAAAAUACUCUGGAUACAUUCAGUAACAUGAUCAGAUUAUUCCUGGGAAAUGUGGGGUAGAUACAACAUAAGACGGGAACAAAGACAAAGGGUUUGAGUGAGAGGACUAACCGGUGUCU